AUGGGCAGAGUGCUCGACAGAUAUGCGCUCGAAAUUGUGGAGGAGGUACUCGAGGUCACCGUUCCCUUGCAGACCCGUCGCCUCAUGGGCGCGGUGCUCAAAGCUCGGUUUUCAGACUUCCCAGCAUCCUUAUCCGAGGCCCAAACCGUUGCUGAGACUGACUCGACUAUGGCCACCGAUAAAAUGCGUUCGUCUGGACUGGACCGAGCCGCCACGGCAGUACGGUCCUUGCUCGCCAGCGCCGCGAAUGUGCAUGCUUGGUCCCAUGCCUGCCUCGAGCACUUGAUACGGAAAUCUAUGGAGCUAAGGCCCUCUACACUCAUCGAAAAUGGGUCCGGCUAUACACGCCGGGAGGAAUUCGAGAACGCUAAGAGUCGAAAGGACUAUAUUCCAGAGGAUACCGGCCCGCCUUCGUGGGUGGAGGAGCAGCGGAUGAUCAGAUCAUUUUGGCAACUGCAGUAUUUCAUGGAAUUGCAGGGCGCCGGUCACAAGGGCCACCUGGACACCAAUUGGCCGAGACAGGAAGUUGAUGCGUUGUCGCAGAGCAGCGCGGAUGACUUUUACGACGUGUUUGACUACGAGAGGGAGCAGAUUCUGACCGCAUGCGAUUUUCUCGGCGCAGUCACCUCUGGAACCAUUACUUCGGUGAAAGCUGUUCACCACAACGCUUACACUUUGCCAACAAUACGUUGGGUUGAAGGGGUAGUCUCGAGGUGUUUCUGUGCCGAGCCGCUCUUCUUCGAGCUCGGCAAGGACAAGUUGUGUAUCUGGUGCAAGAUGAACCGUGAUGACGUGGAACCCGGGACCGUGACGCGGGAGAAACUCGUGUCGAUUGGAUGGGACGAUGAAGAGGACGAAGUCCUAGCGAAAAAGUGGCGCGUGCCAUUAGCGAGGGCCGAUGGUCUGUUGAAUACUGCUAAUGAGGUCCCUCGGGUGUGGUAUCAUGAGGAGCACUGGACGGGCGAUGAUGGUAGGGCCAGAUCGCCCACCUUGGCCAUGAUGGGCAACAUGGUUAACGGAGAUGAUGGUUACAUAAUCGCCGGUGACAAUUAUGGGCCCGCGGCAACUACGAAAGGCAUGAAACCUGAAGUGCCGGAAUGGAUGUGGCCCACUACGAAAUGGACCGACAUCAUGGCAGUGAUGUGGGACCAGCACGCGGCCGGAAAAGACCUCAAGCGCGUAUACCGAUCCGGGAUCGCCACAUCUCAAACGAAAGACCUCAUGGCAUCGGCCAUGUUGAAGGUCAACAGGCUGCCGAGCGGUGACUUGGAUGACUUGGCACAGUGGCCUGGCGUUGAUUUCGUGCCGGGAGACGACCCCUUGAAUGAGCCAUUGACGCCUCAAGCGGAGGCCUUUUUCGGCUUGCUUGGAAGCUCCCAUGCCGCUGGUCCUGCGUUCUUGGGCGUUUACUACCGGGCCAUCUUUGGCAAGAAAAGAAUUAACAGGAUCAAAAUUUGGCGAUCUCCGACCAAGCCGGCACCGAACAUGCUGCUCUACAUGGAAGACCUUUGA